AUGUGUGUUGGCGACGAUUAUGUCAUUCUUUCGUCUGAGCAUAAGGUGCGAUUAGGUGCACUCAUUACUCUUGGCAUUGUUGACGAACCAGUAAGCCUCGAUGGCUGUGAAAGCCGCGCGCAACACUACACAGAAAUUGAGAUGACCACUUACGACCCCAUCUUGAGACGCAAUGUCAAAUUAGUCAGUAUGUUUGCAGCCAAACCAGGUGAAAAUUCAGAUAACGUAAAAAAAAUGGUGCAGUCUUUUGAUGCGGCCGUUAACAAUGUUCUCCCAAAAGUGGCUGGCCAAUAUAAUGUAGAUAAUGAAGACGUCUUAGGACGGGGAUUAGAUCCAAAAUCAUACGUCGGUGAUGAAGGUGGUGCUCUGUGGCGUGGUCUCUGCUUGGUAAAGGGGGAAGACGUAAAAAACAAGACCAUUUCAGACUUUUUCCAUUUCAAACAAGACAUCAACCGUAAUUCCGUUUAUUUUGGCGACCAAAAAAGUAAAAAGGAAUUCAAAUCAAUAAUGAUGGAUGCGUAUAAUUCUCCUACCUCUUUGCAGGCAGUAGAUGCGGAAAAACGACUUGUAAAACUCAUUGAAAAAAAAUCAACAAAUGUAAAAAAAAUGAAUUCUUUUAAGGCAUGGUGGUGGCGAAGAAAAGCGCGUUGGCAAAAAUGGUGCCGCACACAGUCAUCGAGCGAAGCAUCCUCUGCGGAGGUGGCAAAUGCAAAAUCUUUGCACGGGUCCGGAUAUAGGAAAAGUCUGCUGGACGUGGUGGCCAGAGCGAGGGAAGCGUCGGCCGACGCAAUUCAACAAAUCGCAGAGAAGGCAGAGGUUAUAAUUGAUGAUGACUUUGCAUUGGAAACUGACGAAAAUGCACAGCAGCAGUUUAAAAUCAACACAAAAGACACUCACAGGGCGGACAAAAAAAAUCAAACAAAACAAAAAAGUAAACAAGUUAAGAAAGUGAAAGAUGGGCACGUGGCCAAAAAACAAAAGAAAUUAUUCCACGACAAGGUUGAAGAAGUUCACAUGGACCUACUUCAUUGUGAUUCCUCUAUGACCGAAUUCACGUUCAAAGUGCUUGAUACAAUGGGGUAUCUCGAAGAGAUUUGCAUCAGAAAGGAAUCUGCCAUCUGCUCAUCUGUCUGGUGCAAAAAGGAAUGUCACCACCUGAUGUGGAUUUUCCACAAUUUGUUCAACUUUGAUAAAGAGCAGCCGAUUAUGUACCAGUCAAAAUUCACUGAUCAACAGUGGAAACAAAUAAUUGAGGCAUUCCCAGAAAACGUCCCACUGCCUAAAGUGACUUGUCCUUCAGAGGAUGAGCAACAAUAUACGAUAAACAAAAGAACAUCUAAAAAGGACGCUAAAUGCGCCACCUGUAAAAAAGAAUUAUCAGAGGGUAAUAUCCAAGCCACAACAGAAGGCCCUUACAGGACAAUACAGAAGUCCUGGAUUAAAAGAACAUUCUUCUUUUGCCCUCGUUUGCAGUGCAUGGGAAAAUUGCCGAGGAAUUCUUUUAUUUGCCCAUAUAAAACUGGAAUGACACUGUUAAUCGAAACACCUUUGACUGAACAGCAAAAGAAAGAAAUAGACUUGAAAACUUGA